AUGGCUUGUGUGUCGGGCACAUGCAAUGCUAUAAACUCUGAAAUGAAAGUAAAAGAAAUCAACGCGAUUGCUUUGGCCUCCGCCGUCGCAGCCCGAUGUCGAAAUCAAAAGAUGUCAGCAGUGGCAUAUCGCAUUUCUUCUCUUCUAAUUCAUAGCGGUACUAAAUACAAUGACAUUCGGCGUUUGAAUAAACUUUCUGUUUGCAUGUCUCCUGAAAUGAUUAUCGAGAUGGAAAGGAAAAUGGGCGAAAGCUGCGAAAGAAAGGUUCUUGUUUGGAAGAAAGAGAUCGAAAACAACCGAAAAGCCAUGCUACUUCUGGGAGAAACAAAGGAAAAACAAGUCCGUGUGCCAAACGAGGAUGAUAUGGAAGUUGAAUCUACAGUAUGUUUUUCUAAGGAAACAGUAUCCGAUUAUACAACAUUUGCUACUGACACUUAUAAUCAUUGCAAGGAAGUGCUAAAAGCAGUUGCUAACAGCGAUUGCACUAUCAACGAUGACCAUUUGGUAGAAGCAAUAAACUUUUUGUCAUGCAAAAAGCUUCCAUUGUACAAGUAAGUAAUUGUCACUUUUAUUUCGACUUGUGUUUAGAAAACAAAUGAAUUAUAAUAUAAAUGUACACUAAUUGUGUACUCUAUCAAUUAUACGCGAGCGAAAAGCGAAAAAUGUUCCUUUUAUAAUAUUUGUUUUUGUGACAUGUAUAUAAAUUAGUUUAUUGCAAAGCGUUAUAUUUCUAUUUUUAAAUCGUACUCCGAAGCAUACAAAGAAUCUAUUAAUGUUUAUUUAUGUUAUGUUAUUUGUAAACAUAACAUACGAUUUCUAAAAAAAGGGCACAAUUUUCAACACAUUUCGAAAUGUUUUAUCACUUUUAUGGUUGUUCAUCUGUGGACUCUAUGCGGGAGUAGCAAAAACAAUAUGGGCCUAAUGCCUAUGAGUCAAAAAGAAAGCCUAUGCGUUUUGGAAAUGUCAUUAUAAUAGAAUUUUUGUUUUAAUUUUUUUGUGUAGAUUAGUCGGUGACAACAUUGACAUUAAUAUUCAAGCAAAGAUUCAAAGUCAGACACACACAAACCGUUCAAUCCAUUGGACCCAACAGUAUGCAAUCCGAAAUCGCAUAAACAAGCCAUCAUUUGACACGAAAAGUCCACAGAUACCCUUAAAAGACAUCGACUUAAUCCAGUUGCUGCCUGAUAAAAAAGUCCAGCAAAACCUAAAGAUGAGAUGGGCAUCGUUGGUGGGGAGGGUUAUUUGCAAAUACUUGGCAAAGUUCAAACACUUAAACAGUGUUGCUGUGUACCAUAUCAAUCAUGCAUACUCAAAAGAAAUGGCAUCUAAAUCUGACCUAGUAAGCGAAUAUUCAUCUGUCUGUGAAUGGUGAAAUAAAACAAUUAUUGGUACAUUCUCAAUAUAUAAGCAACCAAAAUAGGUUUGGGUUAGGAUGGGGGUCUUUAUUCAGUUUAUUUACUAUAUCCGUAUUUAAGUUGUUGAUAUAUCGAGAAAGCACUCAAUUAUUGAAAAAUAUUCUAAAUCAAUGAUUGUAUUGUGGGUUUUUUUUUGUAUAUAUUUAUAGUGCAGUCUUGGUAUCAGUUUCUCCAACUCCAAUGUGGCAAGUGAGAUUGCACAGCUGCUCCAAGUAAAUCAAAAGAAAUACAUUCCAAACUGCACUAUUUCUGAUGAAAAGAUCAUUUUAGAAACUGUGCCACUGCAUGGGGACCAACUAUUUGAAGAGAGGGCAAGGAAUACAAAAUGGACCUAUCAGGAUGGUGAUAAUGCCUGGGAUCGAAUUGAUGGAAUUUCUACCGAGUUUGCAGAUUGGCAUGCAAAACUUAACUUGUUCAUGGUUAGUUGUCAUAAAUACAAAGCUACUAUAUUUGUUUAUGUUUAGUGAGAGCCUGAGAGGUAGGAUUAUGGUAUUUAAAGUUUAUCUGAAAAAGCCUUUAACUAUGUACCACCAUGGCUGUGCAUUUAUCUUCAUGACCAAAUGUAAUUGCCAUUAGUGCCAAGUGCUUACCGUACUCUUUACAACAUUGGUGUAUUAUCUAGUAACACAAAUGGAUGGUUAUAUAUAGUUGACUGGUUAACCUACUUAGUGUAGAGUUUUUUCAGAGAUUGAACCAUAAUCGAUAGGUAAAAUUGUGUGGCUUAUUAGCAAUGCAAAUUAUCCUUAUUUAGGUUGAGUUUGACACAUUCACUAAUCACUCUUCAGUAUCUGAGAUUGGCACUUCCCGAGCUAGCAUGAACAGAUCGAACAAGACAAAUGCAAGUAAAGGUGUUGAAAAUCAUUACAAUGAGUAUAAAGAUUUCCAUCGAUGUGAAGUGGAGGCACAUAUAUGUGCAUCAUUCAUGAAAAUGUCUGAGAAGUCAAAUAUGGAUGGUAAGGAUGAUAUACUUGGGUACAGUACAGUUGUAUAACCCAUAAGUAUAUAUAUAUAUAUAUAUAUAUAUAUAUAUAUAUAUAUAUAUAUAUAUAUAUAUAUAUAUAUAUAUAUAUAUAUAUAUAUGUAUAUUUAUUAUAUGCUAUCUUAUUUUAAUAAAGAUGAACCUAAAUACGAUAUACCUGAUAGAGAUUCACCUAGAGAGGAUCAACGAAAAUGGUUUGUUGAAUUUGCACAAAAUUUAUUGAAGAGUAUGUAACUGAAAGCAAAGAUGUUGACACUCUGGUGCAGCAGGUGGAACAGCUUGGACAGAGAAACACGACCCAACAGUACAUGUGCCGCGUGGAAGGGUGUAAUCAGAAAUAUGUUUUCCACUCAAUAAGAGUAAAGUAAGUGUAUGUAUGUCGAAGAAUCAAAGUUCCCAACUAUAUCUUAUAAAUUAAGGAACACUGUUGUUCCUAUAUCCCUUUCUCAUUUUUUUUCAGUGUUAAUUUACUCUGUUACUAGUGUGCCUUGCUUUCAUACUUUUCCAGUGCCACAAAAUGCUAUAGUACCUUAAGUCGUUACUCACUAAUGAGUACAUAAGUAAGAUAUUCGGAAAUGAAAACUAUAUAUUUUCUACUAUAAAUUAUAUACUUUCUGUGACCUAAUUGACCUCAUCACCACACAAAAUUUGCUAUUUCUAAUCAUUUUUGCCAUAUUUUUUUGUUACAGACAUGAGGUUACAUGUCAUAAUGUCAUUUUCUCAAAAUAUGAAGCAAGUGAUGGUGAAAGAGAUGACUUUGGUUUUUACCAUUGUAGAUCCUCAUGUGGUUUUGUAUUCUCGAGCAAAACAACAAGGAACAGGUGUUGUUAAUAAUUUAUAACAUUCACAUAUAAGUCAGACCACUGAGGUUAUUUGUUUAAAGGGGCCCUACAGUCAUUUUUUAGUCGAAAAGCCACCUGAAGUAAUUGUUUACAUUUUUUUUGUUAUUGUUGCAACUUGACAUGCGCAAUACAGCAUGUAUGCGUUUUCCAUUGUGCGGAAGUACUCAUACUCAUGGAUACUGCAUGUAAGAUACAACCAAACGAAUCUCUGUGGAGUCCCCUACUUAAGGUGGCUUUUCAACUAAAAAAUGACUGUAGGGCCCAUUUAAAGUACAUUAUUAUGUACAAUAUUUUAAAAAUUGAUAACAUAUAUAAUAUAUUACAUAAUCUGUGUUAUAGGCAUGAAACUAAUAACCAUGGCCAGACCUACACAGAUGAUCAAGUCCUGAAACCACAUCAAAUGACUAAUCAAGAAGGAUGUGAAGAUCAUACAUACAACUACCAUAGGUCUAAGCUUACAUUUGGGCUUAUCUUGUUUGACUAUCAUGAUGCAAUUAAAGAAGGUGAUGGGGAGAGACUUUUUGAGAUCUAUAAGGUGUGUUUGUUAUUAUUCAAGGCUAACAAGAAAAGCAAAUAUGCAUAUGCUGUCUUCUUAUACCUUGUGAAGAUUGUUGCUAUCCUAUCUAAGAAAGAAGCACACAGCUUAAAAUGGAACAGAUUUUUUAAUAAGCAUGGUACGAAAGCAGGAAAUAUUCCUCUUGAUCUUAGAAUGGAACAGCUAAACAAGAUAGUGAAAACUAUGUGGAGAUCACUAGAGGCAAAUCUCAAUGAAACAUCAGCUGCCCGACUUGCAAAUACAGUUGAUGAAAUGGAACGAAUUUUGAACAGUGUAGACAAUGACUGUGGAAUUCAAUCAGCUGUUGGUUACAGAACACAAGGCAACCAAUUUGCUGCUGUACAACAAAUAACAAAAGAUUUGCUUACAAUUGGGGCAUUCACAUAUCAAGAAGGCAGACAAGGACAUCCAUCGUUUCCUAAAUUUCCACAUAGUCUGCUGGGAAGUUUGAAUUUCAAAGAUUUACGCUUAUGGAUGCUGGAACUUAUUAAAACCUGGGAACCUCUGUAUGAUCUAAAUAAGACCUAA